CUCACAGCUGACGCGGCGGCAGAGCGCUGCGCUUCAACUAUAUUGAUGUUUGAUAAGAGGGAAACAAAAGAAAGAGUCAGAGCGCACCGCGUCUGUGGCCCGGCUGAGGUGUAUCCCUGCCGGCCACGGCGUGAAUUGGAUUACAUAGACUACACUGGGUCUCCUUUCGGUGCUGCAACUGCUGCUGGAAGAAACAUGUGCCUGCAGAGUUUUCCGGUCUCCCCACUGCUGCUGCUGCUGCUGCUGCUGACUGGGUUCUGCGGCGGCACAAGUUUUCCAAGUAACAUCAAUAUCGGAGGCCUUUUCCCCACUGGUUCCCAUGAGUAUGAGGUUUUUCGCUUCGCCCUGGCACAACAUCAGGACGUUCCCAAACUGGUUCCGCAGGUGGACAUGGUGGACACUGGGAGCAGUUUUGCAAUGACUUAUGCUUUCUGCUCCCAGUUCUCUAAGGGUGUGUACGCCAUUAUGGGCCUGUAUGAUCGGAGGACGGUCAACAUGCUUAUGUCUUUCUGCGGUUCUCUACACGUUUGCUUCGUGACGCCAUCCUUUCCUGUUCAGACCAACAAUCAGUUUGUCCUGCAGCUGCGGCCCCAGCUGCAGGAGCCCCUCAUGGCCCUGUUGGAUCACUUCUACUGGACCAGGUUUGUCUACAUGUACAGCUCCGACUCAGGUCUAAUGGUACUACAAAGGAUACUUGACACUGCAGCAGAGCGCAGUUGGCAGGUCACCUCGGUUAACUUGGACACAAUGACAGAGGGGACCUUCAUCAAGAUGCUGGCAGACAUUGACUACAAGAAGGACUUUCAGAUCAUUAUUAACUGUGAACUGGAGCGCUUGAACUACAUACUAAACCUGAUUGCAGCUCAGAAGAGAAAUUUAAAGAACUACCAUUUCAUCCUGGCAAACCUGGGCUUCCUUGAUCUGAAUGUCACUGAGUUUCAGAAGCUGGCACCAAAUGCAACAGGUUUCCAGCUGGUAAACCGGACACACCCAGCUGUAGAGAAAAUCAACCAGGACUGGAUGGGUUUUGACAGCAAAGACCUUAAACUAACACGGAAAAGGCUCAAGUACACAGGAGCUCUGACCUAUGAUGGCGUCAAUGUUAUGGUGAAGGCUUUCCAGAACCUGCGACAGCAGCGCAUUGACAUUUCUCGCCGUGGUAAUGCAGGGGAGUGUUUAGCCAACCCCCCAGCUCCAUGGGGACAAGGCAUUGACAUCCAGAGAGCUCUGCAGCAGGUUCGUCUAGAAGGACUGACGGGGCAUGUCCAGUUUAAUGAGCGAGGACAUCGUACCAACUACACCCUGACUGUGAUGGAGCUCAGCCACAAGGGGCCACGAAAGAUUGGCCACUGGAAUGAGAAAAGGGGCUACGUAAACACAGCUGUCUACAGGCCGUUGACGGAAGAACUGUUGAAUGCUGGUCUGCUAAACAAAACCUACAUUAUUACCACCAUAUUGGAAGCUCCCUACAUGAUGCUGAAGAAGAACCACGAGCAGCUUAAGGGAAAUGAAAAGUAUGAAGGUUACUGUGCUGAACUAGCAGCCGAGAUCGCCAAACAUGUUGGCUUCACCUACAGCCUCGAGUUGGUGACGGAUGGAAAGUAUGGCGCCAGAGAUGCGGAAUCAAAGUUAUGGAAUGGCAUGGUGGGAGAACUGGUCUAUGGGAAGGCAGACAUGGCUGUCGCCCCGCUGACCAUCACUCUUGUUCGAGAGCAGGUGAUUGACUUCACCAAACCCUUCAUGUCUCUGGGAAUCUCCAUUAUGAUCAAGAAACCAACCAAGUCCAAACCAGGCGUCUUUUCCUUUCUUGACCCGCUGGCCUACGAGAUCUGGAUGUGUAUAGUUUUCGCAUAUAUCGGAGUCAGCGUGGUGCUCUUUCUGGUGAGCCGUUUUAGUCCCUAUGAGUGGCAGAGUGACGAGUCUGAUGAAGAAGAUGAAACUGUCCCAUCUUCAGGGUCUCGACGAGCUCCACCCACUUCAUCCUCUGAAGACCCUCAAUCUCUAGGUUACUCUCAAGGUCAAAAUCCGAACCAGAACCAACAAAAAGAAAAAGAAACCCCUGAACACACCAAUGAUUUUGGGAUCUUUAAUUCUCUCUGGUUCUCACUUGGGGCCUUCAUGCAGCAAGGCUGUGACAUCUCUCCCAGGUCUCUGUCCGGCCGAAUUGUCGGAGGGGUGUGGUGGUUUUUCACCCUCAUCAUCAUCUCAUCCUAUACAGCCAACCUGGCAGCUUUCCUUACUGUGGAGAGGAUGGUGUCCCCUAUAGAGAGUGCAGAAGACCUGGCAAAGCAGACUGAGAUCGCCUAUGGUACCCUUGAUGGAGGUUCUACCAAAGAGUUCUUUAGGAGGUCUAAGAUCGCUGUGUUUGAGAAGAUGUGGUCAUACAUGCGCAGUGCAGACCCAUCAGUGUUUGUGAAGAAUACCAACGAGGGUGUAAUACGCGUCAGAAAGUCAAAGGGGAAGUAUGCCUACCUACUAGAGUCCUCCAUGAAUGAAUACAUUGAGCAGAGGAAGCCCUGCGACACCAUGAAAGUAGGAGGAAACCUCGAUUCUAAGGGUUAUGGUGUGGCCACUCCCAAAGGAUCGCCUCUCAGGACAAGACGAGUGCUCUCAGUCUCAGUAAUGUAGCCGGAGUAUUCUACAUUCUGAUUGGUGGACUCGGGCUGGCCAUGCUGGUGGCUCUGGUUGAGUUCUGCUACAAGUCUCGGAUUGAGUCCAGGAGGAUGAAGGAGCUCAUUGAUGCAGCCAUGAUGAGUACCAGCCUCGGGGGGAUGGCAAGUGGAGUCGGGGGUGUCACGGCUGGAGGUUUCAGUGGAGGAGCAUCCGGAUGUGGGGGUGAAAACGGGAGAGUGGUUGCGCAUGAUUUCCCAAAAGCUGGAGCGCAGGGUUUACCCUGCAUGAGCAAGGCAGCAGGGCGUGGACUGUCUUCCACGGGCAUGUGACACAAACCCAGCCAGCUGACUGGACACUAUGCUAAUGUGUUUUGGCUAGUAGGGUAAGGGGAGGACAGUGAGGGAUAAGUAGAUUAAGAGAAGAUAAGGAAGAGUGGGAAGAUGUAGGAUAAACAUUCAAGUCAUUUUAAAUAAUGAAAAAAAAAUAAGUGAAGACCAAGCAAUUGAAAGAUAGGAUAAAAACGUGGAGAAAGUUUAAAACUGAUCGAAGGAUGCUGAUGUUCACACUAUUUGCCCCAAAGGCAGCUGAACUACAAUGAACUCAGAGCACCUGGACACUCCACCUGAGCUGGAUCAUGCUCUUGUACGCAUUUGGGGUCAACAGCAACAUUAACUGGAACUCGUUUUUUAUGAGCACUAUCUUAUACUGAACUUCUUCUCUUCUGCAAUAAUGGGACCUGAGAGGGAAGGAUUUUUUAAGCUUCAUAAGGGGUAAACUGAUGCACUUUCCCUUUUGAUUCUCUCUUUUUCCUUUGAUUCAGAUUCAAACACAGAGUUGUCUCACGUUCACACUUAACACCACUCUUCCGAGGUGGAAAUGUUAGAGCAUGUGAACAUUGCAAAUGUUUUAUUACUCUAAAACACAGGCUUAUACUGUAAUGUAAAACCUGAAAAAAAAAUGUUGAACUGAAAUGAUGGCUAUCUUUGUGAUAUAUUUGCAGAUAAGCUGUAACAAACUUGUUUAACAUUAAAAUCUUUCCGUUUACUUGGAUGAAGGUAAGCCAGCUACAAACUUUUCUAAUGCCUAAUUGUAUGUUUAAAGAUCAUAACAUGACAGUCAUAGAGAAAAUGUAAGUUUUCUGUUAGACAUUUUACAUAACAGAAACUCAGAAGUGAGUAAUCUGGUCUUCAUCAAGUCAUACAAUCAGAAAACAAGAAGAUCAUCUUCAAAAAUAUAGCAAUGACUUUAAAUUGGUUUUAAUAAUAAAUAAAUAAAAAUACAGAAGUAGUUAAUAUGAGUGUUCUAAGCAUAUUAAGCAGCCUUCACCUAGUUUUAUUCUGUUUUACGUUAUCAGUUUCUCACACCCUCUUAGAGGAGUUUU